UGCCUCACUUUCCACGGAGAAGCAAACUCACAUCAUAAUGGCCAACUUCUGCAUUCUUGGAGUCUUCCUCUUCGCUUUCGUUGUUGGACAAACAACCGCGGAUUGCGGUGAAUGUCCAGAAGGCUGGUUAAUGUUCCGUGACUUUUGCUACAAACGAACUGGAUACGAGUCCUACAUGGAUGCCAAAGCAGACUGUGCUGCAUUGGGUGCGCAAUUGGCUGCCCCUCACGAUGCCGACGAAGCUAACUUCAUGAUCACUAUGAUCCAUCCGUACCUGUGGGUUGGCUGUAAUGACAUUGACACCGAAGGUACUUUCGUUUGCUGUGACGGCACAGUAAGUACUUACACCAACUGGAGAGCUGGAGAGCCCAAUGACGCCCAGUCCAAUGGUGGGGAGGACUGCGGUGUCAUCUAUGGUAACGGUGACUACAACGACAUCAAUUGCAGCUGGAGCUCAACAGGUGUCUGCAAAAAACACGUCACCGCAUUCCUGUAACAUGUAUGAUAACAUACAGGCUCGAAAUGAACAGUUAUUUCAGUACAUCCAAGGUUAAUUCCGUACUUGUGUCGCAGUACAUCCAUUCAAACAAGUAUUCUGUUCCAAGGGGGUGGGUUCAACGCGUCGCGUCGUCUGUAGACAAUUUUCUCUCCCAAGGUAGGCUAUAUGUUACUCUCUAAAGUCCAAAGAGUGAAAUUAUGGACUAGACGUUUUAGAGUGAAAAUCACUCUCAUUUUAGAUUGAAAGAGUCUGAAGAAAGACCACUUCAGUCGAAGCUCGAGUGAAAACUCGCUCUUUAAGG